GUAAUUUUAUAUUUGUGUAGUUAAAUACGCCAGGAAAUAUGUAAUCUAGGUUUAAUCCACUUGAUCGAAAAUUAUUGAUUGACAUUGGUCCAGUUUUGGACGUUUGCAGGAAGUAAUUUACACUGACAGUCCAGUACUGAAAAUCGUUAGCAGCUGAAGAUAUGGAAAAUACAGACAUGAUGGACGCUGUACCUUCUAAAAAGGAAAUGCCGGGCAUUACCAACUUGAAGGAAUCAAACUGUAACACAGGACAAGGUAAGAUAUCAACAUCACAUUUAAACCAAGAGAGAUAUCAAAUUAGUUGUGGAAUAGCAGUUGUUAUCAAUAACACAGAAUUUGAUAGAAAUUUGAAUUUACAAGAUCGUGUCGGAAGUGAUGUGGAUGCUGCCUCUCUAUUCAAAGGAUUUCAGAAACUUGGUUUCAAGAGUGAACUUUUGAAUGAUGUCAGUAAACAGGACAUGGAAAGGAAAUUUGAUGAGAUUAAAGAAGACAAGACAAGUUUGGAGGAAACAGACUGUCUGAUUGUUGCUUUGAUGUCACAUGGUAAUGAAGAGGAAGUGUUUCUUACAGAUGGGUCCAUUAAGAUGACAACCUUUCUGUCGUACUUCAAUGCAGAAAAUUGUAAGGAACUUCAAAUGAAGCCUAAAAUUUUCAUAAUACAGGCCUGUAGAGGUACAGAUUUAGGAAGUGGUGUAGAAAUGGAAGUUGUAAAAGAUAAAGAACCAAACAUGAGAGACCCAAACCAAGCAGAUGCUGGUGGUAUUUAUAACGAAUAUGACCAGGCAUACGGGGAACCAGUCCGUAUACCUAAUGCAGCAGAUUUCUUAGUAGUGUAUUCUACUUCCUUGGGUUAUACAGCUUUCCGAACCACAGAGAGUGGAUCCCCUUUUGUACAUCACUUGUCAGAAGAGCUCAUGAACAUUUCAAAAGAGGAUAAUUUCUACCAAGUCUUGACCAGAGUUAACAAAAAAGUCGGAAUGGGAUAUAGACCACGUCAUAAAACCAGUGAAAUUGUUACUCAAAUGCCUUGUUUCAGUUCGCAUCUAACAAAGGAACUAUAUUUUAACUUAAGAGGAAUGGCAGAUGGAAUCAAACUAGAUGUAAAGGACAAAGACACAUCAACAACCUCGUCAACUACUAAGGAGACAAAACGAAAUACAGGACAAGGUAUCAUAAACAAAAGCCAUUUGGAGCAAAAAAUGUAUACUAUACGAACUGGAAGAGCAGUCGUGGUCAAUAACAAAGAAUUUGAUUCCGGGUUGGGUUUAGCUGAUCGUUCAGGAAGUGAUGAAGAUGCUUCAUCUCUAUUCCAAAGAUUCUUGGAUCUUGGUUUCGAAAGUGAACUUUUGUCUGAUGCCACUUUUAAAGAAUUGGAAGAGAAGUUUCAAGAAAUUAAAGAUGACAAGGAGGAAUUACAAAAGACAGAUUGCCUGAUUGUAGCUGUGUUGUCACAUGGUGAUGAAAACAGUGUGUACAUGACGGAUACACCUGUAAGGAUAAAGGCAGUGAUGGAUUAUUUCAAUGCACAGAACUGCCCAGAACUUAUUCAACAGCCAAAAGUCUUUAUUUUCCAGUGCUCAAGAGGACAAGCCUUAAGAGAUUGUGUUAACCUUAAAGUUGAAGCAGGGGAAAAGGAAAAUACUAUUCCUUAUGGUUUAGAAACUGUCCGUAUUCCCAAUGAAGCAGACUUUCUUGCAGUUUAUUCUACGUCAUUAGGUGACAGAUCAUUUUGUAAUACAGAGGGGUCAUCACCAUUUGUAAAUCAGCUGAUGAAAGAGCUACAGGGAAUGAAGAAACAGGAUGAUAUCUAUACGGUUUUGACCAAAGUGAAUAACAAAGUUAUGAGAUUUGAACCUGGAAAUACAAAUAGUAAAGAUAUUAGGCAGAUGCCAUAUUUUGUAUCACACCUUACGAAAGAUUUGUAUCUGAAACAGAUGGUCUAGAUGCUUGGUGAAUAUCCUCAAGGACUAAAUAAGGUGUUUCACUACACAUCAAAUAUCAAUCCAUCAUCUAUUAACAGUCUGUAUAUAAAAAUAUAGAAGUUUUGAUGUAUAUUCACUUUAAUAUGUGAACAAGAAUAUAAAAAUUUUAAAACACUUGAAAAGAUACAUAAUAAGCUUACAACUAAAAUUCUUACUUUAAAUGUUGCUUUUCAAUUUUCUCGAUAUGAUGUGUAACAAAAAUCAUUAUCUUAGUUCAUGUAAAUUCGAUAGAAAUCUUCCAAACACUAUAUAGAAAAAUGUUUGUACAUUUCGAGCUUUAACUACAGUCUUGAGACUACAGUCUUUCAUGUUUGUUUGUUGCUGUUAAUUGUUUUGCUUGUUACUAUUUAGUUACAGAAUUGUAAGAUAAAUGAGAAUAUUUUAUAUUACUGAUUUCAAUGAGAAUGACGAAGACUUUCAUCAGAUGCACACGGCACCAAAUAAGUAUAAUAGCCAAAAUAUAACAAUUUUUUUAAUUUCUUUUAUUAUGAUAGAAAUACUAAUUUGUAGUAAAACUUUUAAGUGAAUCUUAAAAUCAUUGAUUCUCUACAACUCUCUAUAUAUUUGAAUUUUAAACCUUGUUAGGCGAUUCACAAAAUGAAUAAUGAUCAACAUCAUUGGGCUUUAACUUAUAUGGCACCUGAUUCUCCGUGGUUGUCGUUUGUUGGUGUGGUUCAUAUGUGUUUCUUUUUUCACUUUUUUAAAUUUAUAUGGAUUCGACCGUUGGUUUUCCCGUUUGAAUGGUUUUCACUGGUCAGUGUUUUGGCCCUUUAUAGAUUGCUGUUCAUAGUGAUCCAAGGCUCCUUGGUGAAGGCCGUACUUUAACCUCUACUGGUUUCCUUUUUACAAAUUGUGACUUGGAUUGAGAUUUGUCUCAUUUGCACUAAUACAGUAAUACCACAUCUUCUUAUAUCUAUUGUAAGUAUAUAAACUCAUCAUAGAUUACAGAUUAAAUAUUUUGUAUAUUUUAGUUUAUAUUGUUUUAAAACAUAAUGCCAAAAAUGCUUUUUUAAAUAAAAAUUAAAAUUU